AUGGCGGCGGCAGCGGUGGGGAGGGCGCUGCGGGCGCUGCGGGUCGGACAAUGGCGGGCCGGGACGCGGGGCCGCUCGGCGGGACCGCCGGGGGCCGUGGCGCUACCGCAGGUGCCGCUGGGGGCGGAUCCCCACGAGGAGGAGCCAAUGGCGGUGGCCCAGAGGAAGAACCCCGAUUACCACGGCUUUUCGGCGGACCCGGACGCCGACGUCCUCAACAUGCGGGCGGUUUUCUUCGCCGGCGUCUCUGUCGCCAUCGUCCUCGGCACCGUCUUCCUCCAUUACCUGCCUGACUACGGGCUGCAGCAAUGGGCCCGGCGCGAGGCCGAGCUCCGGAUCCGGGAGCGGGAGAGUCGGGGGCUGCCGCUGCUGGACCCCAACUACUACGACCCUGCCCGCCUCACCCUGCCCCCCCCGGAGUGAAACACCCCCCCCCCCCCCCAACACCUGGGUCCCCCCUAAGUGCCCCCCCCUCCCCCCAGGGUCCCAUGGGUGCCCCCGUGAUCAACUGGGUGCUCCUUCCCGGACACCUGGGACCCCUUUUUUUUUGGGGGGGGGGGGCAAGAUGCCUAGAUUUCCCUUUUUUUGGGGGGGUAGGGGAGGCAGCCAGGACCCCCAAGUCCCUCUUUGCGGGGGGGGGGGUACCUGAACACCUGGGUUCCCCCUAAGUGCCCCCCCCAGGGUCCCAUGGGUGCCCUGUGAUCAAUUGGGUGCUCCUUCCUGGAUGCCUGGACCCUUUUUUUUUUUGGGGGGGGGGCAGCCAGAACCCCUGAGUCCCUCUUUGGGGGGUGGACUGGGGGGUACCUGGUCACCUGGGUCCCCUUUUUUGGGGGGGGUCCCCACUGUGGGUCUGUUAAUAAAGUGCUUGGGGCUCAGUCA